UUCUAUACCUACUCUAUAACACAACUCAUAUGCUCUCUAAACGCUUUCCACAACCAUGUUUUAAAGACAGCAGCAGGUCAGCGUACCUCAGUCACAGAGCAGCAGGUGGCUGUACAAACUCCAGCUCUCGUAAACUCCCUGUGUAAUGUGUUGCCCUGGCUGCAAUUAGCCCUUUCACCUGCCUGUCUCUCCUCAGCCUCUCCACUCUGUACGUAGUGAAGGGAGCAACAAGUGGUUGCAGCCAGCAAGGUGCUGUAAAAAUAGGCUAGAGGAGGCGGGGAGGGAUGCACAUAACAGAUUUGAUAUCCAUCAGUGCUUCUGCAAACCUGGAUGAGUCACUGGUCUCUGAAAGAAACACAGGGCAGGAGGGGGAGGAGGGGGAGGAGGGGAGGAGGGCGCUGCUCUCUCCAGGGAGAGCGGCUGUCUUGCGUGUCAUUUGUGAGGACUAGGCAUGAUUGCAGAGUGAGGCGGGAAAGAGAGGGAGAUUAGGAGUGUCAGGGUGGGUGGGUAUGAUUGAAGAUGAUAGGGAGGAAGAGGAGAUAGAGAGAUAGAUAGAGAGGGAGAUGGGGUUUGUUUGUUGUUUUGUAUUUGGCUCAUCUUCACUCUUGAAGUAAAUUUUGUAAGGAUGGAUGGAGGAACCAAGUCCACAGAGACCUGAAUUCAUUACUUGAUUCAUAUCUACAGAUUUUUUUUUUCUCUCUCUCUUUUUUUCUUUUUUGUUUGUUUGUUGUUGUUGUUGAGUAAAUCUGGACCCAGAGAGUGGCAUGUUGAUCUGGAUGGGAAGUGAGACAGUGGGGCGAGAGUAAGAGGAGGAUGGCGUACACGCAGUUGGAACCCAUCAAUGAGGGUCUUCUGUCCAGACUGUCUGACUUCCUGUUGUGUCGCUGGUCGUGCCGCUCGUGUUGGCAGUGGUGCUGGGAGUGCAGCUGCUGUCAGCCCUCUGAUGAGGAGGUGGAGAUUCUGGGGCCUUUUCCAGCUCAGACUCCAUCAUGGCUUGUCAAUGAAUGCAAUGACGAGAGAAGCACAAAUUCUCACAUCAUGGCCGAGAACCAUGCUUUACCUGUUCAAACUGACACCACUGUAAACUGCAAGCCGCCCAUCUCCGAAACUUCCCGAUCCAGCUUCACCCUAGCAGGUCUGAAUUCACAACGGCCAAUCUCCCCCAUGGUGGAUGUAAAGCCGAUUGAAUUUUGGGCCAUGUUCCCCCGGAAGGAAGUGGUGCAGCCUCUGCGUAAGCCCUCGACUCCACCAGAUGACUAUUUCCGCAAACUGGAGCCUCAUCUGUAUUCUCUCGACUCAUGCAGCGAUGACGUUGACUCUUUGACGGAUGAAGAGAUCCUGGUGCGGUACCAGCUGGGCAUGCUGCACUUCAGCACACAGUAUGAUCUCAUCAACGCCCAUCUCAUCGUGCGAGUCAUUGAGGCCCGGGAUCUGCCCCCUCCCGUGACAUGCGAUGGUGCUCGCCAAGACAUGGCCCACUCGAACCCCUACGUGAAGAUGAGCCUACUUCCCGACCACAAGAACUCCAGGCAGACGGGCGUCAAACGCAAGACCCAGAACCCAGUUUUUGAAGAGCGCUUCACUUUUGAGGUCCCCUUCCUGGAGGCCCAGAGACGCACCCUGCUCCUCUCUCUGGUCGACUUCGACAAGUUUUCCCGGCACUGUGUCAUCGGGAAAGUGUCUCUUCCUCUUAGUGAGGUUGAUCUGGUGAAGGGAGGACAUUGGUGGAAGGCCCUGGUGCCCAGCUCUCAGAAUGAGGUUGAGCUUGGUGAGCUUCUUCUGUCCUUAAACUACCUGCCCAGUGCUGGCAGGUUAAAUGUGGACAUCAUCCGAGCAAAGCAGCUGCUUCAGACGGACAUGUGCCAAGGUUCAGAUCCUUUCGUUAAGGUGCAGUUGGUGACAGGUCUGAAGUUGAUGAAGACUAAGAAAACAUCCUGUAUGAGGGGCACCAUUGACCCCUGCUACAACGAGUCAUUUAGCUUCCGUGUACCUCAAGAGGAACUGUGUGAAGUCAGUCUUGUGUUCACAGUUUACGGGCAUAACAUGAAGAGUAGCAACGAUUUUGUUGGUCGCAUUGUGAUUGGCCAGUUCUCCAGCGGCCCGCAGGAAUCCAGGCACUGGCGCAGGCUCCUGGGCUCCCAGCGCACUCCAGUGGAACAGUGGCACAGCCUGCGCACCCGUGCCGAGUGUGACCGCGUCUCUCCGGCUUCUCUCGAGGUCACAUAAUACUAACACAGGACAGUCACUGCAGGUGGGAUAGAGAUCUAUGGAAAAGACCUAAAAAUUUAAACACAAAAACCUGGGAGUGUCCCGACAUUUCUGUGUGUAAUUUGUAAUGGUUUGAAACAUAAACUCAUAGAUCUAUUCUCGACUGAAUAGUGGGCUCUGUCUUGGUGUUAUUUGUGUUUACUCUCCCUUUAUCAUUAUUAUAGUGGGGAGAUGUAGACCAUAGAAAAAACAUUUAUGAUGACUAACAGAAACCUGCUGUCCAUGUUUUCUUUUUAUCACAUUGAUACUAUCUUACAUGGGAGCUCAAUAAUCUCAUCAUCUGAUUCUCAGCUGCGUUCAGGCUGCUCAGGUGUUGAGAGGAAGAGCAGCUGUGUGGCUCAGACAGUUGAGACCGCACAUAACCACUGGUUUGGUCUGCAGUGUUUAAAUAAUCAUAUUGCUUCUUUUUUCAGACUUCAAUAUGAUUGCAGUUCUUUGGAAGUCUGUGGCAACACAGUUGGUCAUUUUUAUUGCACAGUUUGAAUGCUUAAAGUACGAUUUUACACCAAAGCUUGGUUUGGUUGUGUUGUGUGACCUGUAUAGCUGUUCUCCAUGCACACACUGAUCUGUGAUUGUGUUUAAGUGUUUGUUAGUGUGUGUUUGGUAAAUGUUUGCACUUACAACAGCUGAAGUCAGAAACCCUAAGAGCCAUGGCUCUUAAAGGGAUACUCCACCCCAAAAUGAAAAUUUACCAUUUAAGAUAUUUUGGAUGAAA